UAGAUGCCUAAUGAGGAGGGGAAUAUGGAGGAAGCAGGGGCGGACUGACCAUUUGGAAACUCGGGUACUGCCCGAGGGCCCGGGGUCAGUAGGGGGCCCCAUGAGAUGCCCCUGGUACCUUUUUCAUAGGCUUUUUUGAUUUGGGCAAGGACACAGGGGCCCCAUGAUCCCCUAUUGCCCGGGGUCCCAGGGUCAGUAGGGGGCCCCAUGAGAUGCCCCUGGUACCUUUUUCAUAGGCUUUUUUGAGUUUGGGCAAGGACACACGGGCCCCAU